AACGGUCACAAUACACGCGUACCGGUGCCACGCAUUUAGUUUUGAUAGUACGUUGAACGAAACGUCACAAAAAUUAGAAAAAUGACCGCGUUCACGGUUAUCGGAAAGUUUUGGCAAGAAUACACUAAAUCUACGCCAAAGAAACUGAAAAUAAUAGACGCUUAUCUGCUUUAUGUGUUCUUAACGGGUGUGAUACAAUUUGUUUACUGUUGCCUCGUCGGCACCUUUCCCUUCAACAGCUUUCUUAGCGGAUUUAUUUCUUGCGUCUCUUGUUUCGUUCUUGGAGUUUGCUUACGGCUACAAGUGAAUCCGCAAAACAAAAGUCAGUUUCACGGAAUAAGCCCCGAAAGAGGAUUCGCUGAUUUUAUUUUCGCGCACGUUAUUCUUCAUCUUGUUGUAAUGAAUUUCAUUGGUUAAGCGCAUGGGGAAAAAGGGUUUGUAAUAUUUUGUAAUAAAACAUUAUAUUCAAACCUGUUAUUAAUAAUGAUUACGUUAUUUUAAGCAUAUUUAAAGUUUUUUAAAUAACCUCCAUAAU